AGCUCUAUCGUUCUUAAAUCAUGUGCACAUAAGCGCACGAACGAGAGGAAAUUUAAAAGAAAAAGUAUAUCAUGACCUGAAGUUGGUAGACAAAACAUUCAAGCUAAAGAGCCUUGGUGCUGGUAUCAUGGAUAAGGAAGAAGAAACAUACGACCGUUGCAAGACUGUCCAAGUUAUCAGACGUACUAGAAAUGUUUUUCCUCAUAAGGAUGGCUGUUGGUCUUGGUUGGUGUGUUUUUCUGCUGUUCUCUCCAACGUCGUAAUUUGUGGAUUUACAUUUAGUUAUGGCAUUCUAUUUCCUGCCAUCUUGGACGAGUUUAAACAAGGGAAAGCUAACUCAGCUUGGGUUGGAUCAAUCGCAAUGAUGGGUAUAGGCAUUUAUGGUCCACUGAUCGCAAGGUUGUAUCAUCGCUUUGGUGCUCGAGUUGUCUCAUUUGUUGGAGCCAUAAUCUGCACUGUCAGUCUUGCUGUUACGUCUAAAGUGACAAACCUGUACUUGAUGUAUUUAACCUACGGAUUACUGUUCGGUUUUGGCUCUGGCUGCAUCUACCUGGUGACCUACAUAGUUGUGCCAAGAUACUUCAUAAAAUGGCGCUCUCUUAGUUUGGGUCUCAUAGCUAUGGGGCCUGAUUUGGAUGGAGAAGAACAUUUUUAG